CAAUCACAAGUGUACCCGUUUUAUUGGUCAAGACGUUGAUACGCAAACCAUAUCAGCUUUACGGUAAGCAGGACAGAGAGCGUUCCAGAAAAUAUCAGCGCCAGGAAGAUAUUUGUAAUUUUGUGCGUUUUAAGCUGACAAGAACUGAAGAUGAUCGAGGUGGUCUGCAACGAUCGUCUGGGCAAGAAAGUCCGGGUCAAGUGCAACUCUGAGGAUACCAUUGGAGAUCUGAAGAAGCUCAUUGCUGCCCAGACAGGAACACGGCACGACAAGAUUGUAUUAAAGAAAUGGUAUACCAUAUUCAAGGAUCAUGUGUCUCUGGGUGACUAUGAAAUCCAUGAUGGCAUGAACCUGGAGCUGUACUACCAGUAGACCACAGAAGGACCACAGGACCACAAGACAAUGCUACACAAACUGCACUCUUCAUUGUUACACAUACACACACAGAAUUGACACAAUCGCCCCAGAAAUUAUUAUGUGAAAUACAUGUUGUUCUACAAAUAUUUUGUUUUGAUAUUUUGGAAGUAAAGCUGAUAUUUACCUACCUACACGA